UUACGCCCGCCUUCCUCCUGCACUUGUCAAGGCAGACGCAACGCUCCUCCAUCCCAGUACUGCCCACUAACACCCGGAGAACACUUGUCCAGGGUGAGUCAAUAAAAAGGAACUGCAUUCAGAAAGUCUUCCAUCGACAAAAUGUUGCAUUUUCGGAGGACGUUUGAAAACGAAAAGGUCCAACUACAGGAGCUGAACAGCAGGCUUAGCCAGUAUCUGUCAAGAGCGAAGCAGCUAGAGCAUGAAAAUGCUCAUCUUAUCGCAGAAAUAAACAGCAUCAGGCAAGAAAGGCCCGCGCAAUGGGAGAAUCAACACAAGUCAGAGUUGCGACAAAUGAGAAGAAUGGUGGAACAGCUCGCCUUCGAGAAGUCCAAAGCAGAGAUGGAAAGGGAAAAGCUGCGACAGGAGUUCCACAUGGUCCAGGCUCUUCGCUCAGAGGAGACGGCAGUAAGCAAAGGUAUAGGUGGGGAACUUAAAAGUUUUGAGAGGGAGCUUCACCAAGCCCACAAUACUAACGGCGCACUGGAGGCACGCUUGAUUGAACUAGAGAAUGAAUACAAGUUUCUGGAGGAUGCUCAGAGGCAAGAAAUCGCCCAUUUCCGAAAUCAGGCUCACUCUAGAAUUGUACCUGUCGGCACCCAACAAUAUCACGGUCUCUCAGCCCCUACGAUGGAAGAGGUCGAGCAGUUUGCUCUGUCUUUGUCCGAAAGCUGGAUGGACACGUACGACAUGUAUCGAAUCAGGGUGGAGGAGAUGGAACAGUCCAUCAAAGGCGACCAGGCGAGACUGGAGGACAUGGAACGGGAAAAAAUGCAGUAUGUCUCGGAACUGAAUAGGCUACGGGCUGAAAUUGAUAGACAGAGCCAAGUACAAAUGCAUCUGGAGGAUCAGCUCAUGAACAUGCAAGAUAAAUUCGGAGAGGAUCUCAACCAGUAUCAGGUGAUUGUUGAUGAAUUGGAGCACGAGCGCGUUAUGCUUGCCAACACCAUCUCGGAGAAGUUGCAGGAUCACCAGGUUCUCAUGAAGGUCAAAAUGGACCUUGGUAUGGAGGUGGCAGCAUACAGGGCUCUCUUGGAAGGGGAGGGGAGGCAUGCCCAAAUGAGGUCCGAUCUUCACUCAAGAGAAAGAGUAAUAGAUAUCAAGAUGCCAGUGCACCCUCACACUCCAAAAGCCAUGGGCAGGAUUGACAUCAGACCCCACUUCCAGUUAACCGGCUUCGAGAGAUACAUGGAACCCAUAACUGGCGUGAGAACUGCCACUUCCACCCUGUCAAGCCACACUGAGUCCAAAAGUGCAUCGCGUGUUGUCCCGAUCAGUGUCUCUGGCCGAGCAGCCCAUCAAAGUUCAGCAGACAGGAGGGACAUGAUCAGUGUCUCUGCCCGAGCAGCCAAUCAAAGUCCAGCAGACAGGAGGGACAUGUUGGCUUUCACCAAAGCCUCACAGGCUGCUGCCACAGCUGCGGCUGCCACUGCAAGCGCCUCCAAACCAAGCGCCCCAAGUGCCCAGUGGAAGGAGACAGCGGUGAAGAGGGAAGUGGUUCAAGACAAGAGUGUGAAAGUUACAGAGGCGUCAGAGCAAUCUAUGAGGGGUUCCUAUGCUCAAGUUGCUGCUUCGGUCCCCACAGAGCAGAAAUCUGUGAGAGUUGUGUCACCUCCUCUUGACCGCCAGCAGAAACAGAAUGACGACAAGACAGAUUUGAGAAGACAAGACAAAACGUCCGAUGGCAGAGACCAGAAAGAGCUCAUGCAGAAUGCAGAAAGAGCUCAUGGGCAUGCAGAGAAAACCAAGGGCACAACCACAGAAAAGAAAGUAUUAGAUACAGUCCUGAUGGAGGAGAUCAUUGAAAAUGUUAUGAAGCCAGCUGGGUUGGGUGUAGAUCUCUCUGCGCCUGACUCAAAGAUGACUUACCAUGUUGAGAAAAUUGAAGAGGAGGAUGGGACAACUAAAACACAGAUUAUACUAGAGUCCAAGGUGCAAGAGGAAUUCGAUUUUUCACAGGACACUGCACUGGAGGAGCUCAUGAGUAGAGGAGUGAAGACAGUAACUUUGGAGGACAUUAAGGGAACCCAUACUGCAAGCAUGAUCCAGAACCUCAUUGGCCUGGGACUGAAGGAUGGGGAAAGCAUGGAAAACAAGACAGUGAACAUCAGCAUCAUUGAGGAGCCAGUUGAGUCCUCAAGUGAUGAGGAAACUGAAUUGAUGUCACACCUAGCCUUCACACAACCUUCCUCAAUGUUCUUCCAAGUUGAAGAGCCAGAGAAUGUGCCGCAGGCUGGCAAGCAGAAUCAAACCAGUGGGGAGGCCAUGAAGGCCUCAACGAAGGAAACAGGAUAUGAGAGGAAUGGAUCAGUUCGGAUUCAGGAAAGUUCCACUGACAUGGGGACUCCGUACUCUUCCCAGGAUCAGGAAUCCCAAGAGUAUUUUGUCUCCACCCCAGAGGACAACCUAUCAGAGGCAGAAGAAGGUGGUUUAGGGUCCUACGGACAUUACGGAGUGGUGGAUGACCUGUCAGAUGAAAGGUACUACCAGGAGGGAGCUUUCUCCAUGAAAAAACCCUUUUCAGAGGAGAGUGACAGGUUGAGAGACCAUCCAGAUGAUGUAUAUGUGGGGGAUAAGCGCUCAUACGUUAGAAACAGCAUCCCAGAAUGCAUCAUAGAGGAGGAGGUCCGCGUCUCACCCAUGGUGCAGGAAUCGAUGCUUGAGAUUCUCAAGGAAGGAACGCUGGAUCCGAAGCAGCAGUUGAAGGGAGCUCUAGAUAAACUCCAAGGCACUGUCUCUGGGCCUCUGAUGGAGGAGCUGUCCCGCCUCACACAGGCCGAACAUGAAGAUGCCGACAAUGUAUCUGUCAAAAAAGUGCAACAGAUGUCAAACAACGGAACCACAACCAUUGUGGCAGAGCUGAAUGUCACUCAAAGCCUGGAAAAGUCUGGACUUCUGGGUGAGGAGGAUGAUGACAUGUCUGAGGACCAGAUAAUGGCUUCCUUGCGGUCAAACCCUGCGUUUCAGAAGGCUUUCAGUGAUGGAGCACAGGGAGGAUACACCAUAAAGAUGUCCAAUGAGGAAGUCACAACACAGGGCAUGCCCUGGACGACCGAGAGUGGGGAGGCUGGAGAUGAGGAGGACAUUGUGGGUGAGAUCAGCAAGACAGAGAGGCACAUCAAGCUGGGUCCAACUGAGAGAACCUUCACUUUCCAGAUGGAUGCCAACUCAGGUUUGGCAGGUGCCGGUGGCAUUGAUGUCCAAGGUCUCCUUCAGCGGGAGGAGGGGGCCAGCGACCAGGAGGUGAUGGCGGGAUAUGGCCCCAACCUAAAGGUCGCUCAUGAAGAAAGAAAGGUGGCUAUGGUCUUCCUGGAGAGCACUAAACAGGAGUAAUUUAAAAAAAGGCAAGCAAUGACAGGCAUAGACAUGUUGAGGUAAAGUCAUUGGUGUUUGUAAUAAUAAAUCACACCAUAGCCAAGAUGAAGAAGGAAUGUUUUAUCACUUAACUAAGGCACCACUUAUAUUAAUUGUGGUGAUAUAUUAACAAGGAGCAUCAUGCAGUAUUAAGUAGUUACUUUAUGAUACUAUAACUGCUUAGCAAAUGAAGCCAACCUUAUAUUUUUAAGUUUGGGGUUUCUUUGGAUGCUAUGAUAUAUAUUUUUUAUAUUAACUUAGACUAAUAAGCUUAGAUCUUUUGCUAGAGGAUGCUGAACCUAAUGGAUUGACUUAAAACUAUAUUUUCCAUUGAUUAGUCUUAAAAGGAUGAUGUGCAAAUUAGAAACCAAAAACCACCAUUUAGUUAACAUAGCAUUAACCAAAAGGUGGAAGGCACAGUCAGGGAGUAACCAUUUUGGACUCUAGAUGGAUAAUGCAACUAAAUGUGUUAAAACCAGGAUGGUAAUAUAACUAGACAUGUUUUUGGUUUUUGGCUGAUUGAUGCCACUGAUGAAUGUAGUUGAAUGUUUGUGCAUAGGGAAAGUGAUAUUUGCAAUCAGCUUCAGAAAAAUACAUAAAACAUUGCAGUCUCAUCAAGGAAGACGUCAACAGAAUGAAACAUGCAUAAUACACUGAACAUCAGAAUAUUAAGCUCCAUAAAAGCCAGAGGUUUACAAAAAGAAACGGGAAAAUUAGCUGGCAUUAAAUUUGUGUUGUCAUCAUCAUGUCUAGGUUUGCAGCGAGUAAACAUACCAGACUAUCCUUCCUGUUCCCCACACAGAUCCGUUAAUCCUUAAAUACCUCUACAGGGGCUAUUCACUAAUCCAGCCAUCCUGAGUUCUCAAAAUGAUGUUCUUUUAUGCAUUUGCAGGCACAGAAACCAGAUAGGAAAGAGUUAGAGUUGGGGGGGGGGGGGGGGAUAGUAGGAGAUGGAACAGGAAAGUAGGUAAAUAUUAAAUUCCUUCGAUAAAAAAAAGAAUUACAUUCCAGAGCUGAUGGCGUCAUGAGUAUGCGUUUGAAUGUGUUUUUAGUCAAGUGAUCUGCGUGGUCGCAGAUUGCACUGGAUCAGUCAUAGAUGGGCUCACCUUCACUCAAGGUAAAGAGGUGUAAUGACUGCCUGCUAUUGUGGGCUCCUAGUAUCAGCUUGGGUCCAGUGCAUGUGGAGAAAGAGCCUGACAGGGAGAGACAUGCAUGUUAGAAUCGAAGGAGAGGUUUUGGCCACUGUAAUAUCCAGAUUUCUCAACUGUAUAAUUAUCAAAUCCUCAUUAAUCCCUAGCUUUAGAGUAAUGGAAGUGCAGAUUUGUAAUGAAAUAGUUGAAAUGAGUGUCAUUAAACACUUCACAUUCACUCAUAGCCCUGUAACAUGCUUCAUAUUACCUGUGUGUUACUAAUAUUCAAAAUGUGUCUUUUUUGUCUUGUGUUAUGCACUGGUAGGAAUGUUUGGAAUGUUAUAUCUAGCUUUUGGAAACUUUGUAAGUGGAGCCAUUUUCUUCUGAUGCACCCAUAAGCUUUACUGACACUUCAUUUCAGCAUACUGAGAAUCAAAUAUUGAGUAAUUCUUUACAGCCAUGCACUGUGUGAUAAUUAUGAACCGCUUUUGUUCACUUAACGAAUGUAAAAGGAGAUAUUUUGGUCUCCAGACAAUACUGGUUUGAUUUGACUUGAGAAAGGGAUUUGUUUGUGUACUUCUUAUAAAAUUUGGCAUAUCAUUUCGGCAGCUUCUCUGUCCACAUGUUGAUGGACACCCACUUUUGUUGGUCCAUAUUCCAAAAAAACAGAAACUAUUAAAAUUCAACUUUUAGCGCA